AGCAGUUCUCUGACUCGCCUCAAAUAUAAGAGACAGAACGUGAUUUUAUCGUUUAGGUCAGAUAACUGUGGCUGGUACCGGGAGGUUAAUUUGCCAACUUGACCAACGAGAAAAUUCGGCUUGGAUUUUUUAUUUUUCGUAUGUGGAAUUGCUCGGGUGUACGGUGAUAAAAUGCCGUCAACAGACGCUUUCAUGGAAACUGCGAAUAUAUAUCAUGGUUCAUCUUGGAAUUCUGUCAAAGAUUUUCUACAAUAUUUCUCCUCGUUAGGUUACAGAACGACAGUGAUAUUCGUCUUGUAGCAACUAACGAACGUUAUACUCCGUUAAAACAAACAAACAAGGGAAACUCUUUGAACGAAAACUGUCGAUCAUUUGCCGGCUAAACAAAAUUAAGUUAUGCCAUGGCCACGAUGUGGAUUAGGCUGGCUUUGCAUCUUACUAGUUAUCUGUAGUGUUGUCACAGUUCUCUCAUCGUACUGCGUGGCUCUUUCUCAUGGACAUAUUUAUCCCUUUCUGCCGGCGAUUAGCGAAACUGGCGUCUUAUUUCCGGAGAAAUAUGUCUUUAGAGAGUUAACAAAUUUAACUGCGUUUUUGUUCAUCUCCAAUGCGUUUGUCCGUUUUAUGCAGUACAAACUUGUGGCUGAGCAGUGUCGAGAGGAGCAUGUAAAACUGCGACGUCUCAACAAACUAGCUUUUGUGGUCGCCAUCUUGGCAGGUGUCGGAAUGACCUUCGUGGCUAACUUUGAAAUAGAAAAGGACUGGUCCAUUCACGACAUCGGUGCGAUGACAGCCUUUUUCAGCGGUCUUCUUUACUGCUGGUUACAAUGCGCAAUGUCAUAUAAGCUACGCGACCACGGUGUCAUCAACAGCUCAGCAGUGUGUCACUCCAGAGUCACGGUCUCUCUCCUCAUAACCUUUUGCGUGGCGAUAUUUGGCGCGUGCCAGACCAAGGCCAAUUGGGAAUGGGACCAAGCUCGGCCUCGUUAUCAUUUCUUAGCCAAACUCAAAUGGAGCCCUGAAGAUCCGGGAUAUUUUUACCACGUGGUAUCUAAUGUUGCAGAAUGGAGCAUGUGUGGAGGAAUGCUUCUGUUUAUGUUGACGUUUGCGCACGAGUUCCAGCAAAUAGAGAUAACAUCUGAUAUUUCAUCUACUGAUUACUGGUGACGAUUUAUAUGCGGAACUCAGCCCACUUCGGAUCUCCUUUUUCAGUAUUGGAUGAAAUUUAAUUAGAAUACGGUAAUAAAUUUUAAUUUUCAAAUUACGCGCUCAAAACAGCCAGGAGCUUUAAAAGAGUGAAGUCUUAACAUGUGAAUGUUAGCCUUGAUGAUGGCAUUUUCAGCUACAGUUCAUCAAACAGAAGAGCGCCAGAUUAGAACGAAGGUAAUCUCGUACUCAGAUCCUACAAUGUAACUGUAACUUACAACCGCUUGGCUGGGAAAGGUCUGGGUACAAGACUUGCUGGGGCCUUUCUACGUCCAGAUUGGCUAUCAUCCUCGAUAAUCAGGGUACUGAGCUACAAUAGUUGAAGGACAUUUUCAUAAUAACGU